CACUGUUCAUCCUAACCAAGCAUGAUAUGCAUUUGAACCAACCGGCUAACUAGUCGCUUGAAUGGUCUCAUCUCUGCCCGUAUUCUUUGCGUGAGCUUGCCCUACUGGCUGAGUAGAUUGAUCCAUCAUGUCGGUGACUGUCUACUCUGAAAUUGUUGAUUUUGAUACACUGAUUCCCAAAGUCGAACCUAUUGAACGCGAAAACAAGGACGUGGAACGACUAAUCCCUUGGAUAUUCAAGGAUCAACCAAUCGCAAAGCAUACGUGCAUCCGGGGCUGGCCGAGAGAAGAGUAUGAAUUUCGGGAGUUCUUUCAUAGGAUCAUCGGUUUCUAUUACGACUUAGACGAACAGAGUAUAUCGGCGACUCUAGACUUUUUGAGGCCGCACGAGACAGGUAUGAUGCUAAAGAACUUGAUGGAGACUAUAUGUUAUAACCUUGAGGAUACUUUUGACUCAUGCCCUGAACUUGAUUUCCCGGUAUUGGGGUCUAAGCAGAAGUAUUUUAUCGGUGGUGAGCGAUAUUCUGCGAAGGCCGAGGGUACAAUCACUAUCAGAUCUCAAGGCCAUAUUGUCCCCGUAGUCUCCUAUGUUGCUAGCUCAGGUGGCCUUUUGGCUGAGAACCUUAGUAUUAUGUUGGGUCAGCUUGCCAGAAAUAUUGCCUUGGACCCUCAGGACCAAGAGGUAUUUGUCAUUGGUCUUUAUUUCCAGGGUACAUUCCAAGGGCUUUUCAGAGGACGAGACUUGCAAGGUGAGAUUUACAAGGGGCUAUGA